UUGACAAACUCCUCCGGACGGCGGACCAAACGGAUAAAAUAAAUUAAUAUUUACAAGUUUCCGUUCGCUUACUAGGUUUCUCGCUAACUUGUGAUAACUGGACCACUAUUUACUCUACCUCCAAAAUGCUUGGCCUACGUGCGUACUCGAGGGCCGUCGCUCCGCUGCUCCGCCAUCGAGAUGCGGAUAUCUCAAAGUACCGCCGUACGAUUGCCAGCUUAUCAGCACUGCCCGAUACACACCAGAUGCUGCAGAAAACAUGCCGUGAUUUUGCAGACAAUGAACUGAUCCCGAACGCGGCCAAAUUCGACCGUGAGCAUCUGUUCCCGGCCGAGCAGAUACGCCAGAUGGGUGAGCUGGGCCUGAUGGCGGUUUCGGUGAAGGAGGAGUACGGCGGAACGGGAUUGGACUAUCUCGCGUACGCGAUCGCGAUGGAGGAGAUAUCGCGCGGAUGUGCCUCGGCCGGUGUGAUCAUGUCGGUCAACAAUUCGCUCUACCUCGGUCCGCUGACACACUUUGGCAAUGAAGAGCAACACCAACAGUUUGUCGUUGGCUACACCGAUGGUACGAAGGUGGGAUGCUUUGCUCUGUCCGAACCGGGCAAUGGGUCGGAUGCUGGGGCCGCCUCGACGACCGCCAUCCGCCGCGGUGAUCACUGGGUGCUGAACGGAACAAAGUGUUGGAUCACGAACGGCUAUGAGGCCGGUGCGGCCGUCGUGUUCGCUACCACCGACAAAUCGCUCAAGCACAAGGGCAUCUCGGCGUUCAUCGUACCGAAGGAUACACCCGGAUUUUCGCUUGGCAAAAAGGAAGACAAACUCGGCAUCCGCGGUUCGUCGACCUGCUCGCUGAUAUUCGAGGACUGUGCCAUUCCGGCCGCGAACCUGUUGGGGGAACCCGGCUUCGGGUUCAAAAUUGCGAUGCAAACGCUUGAUGCCGGACGCAUCGGGAUCGCUAGUCAGGCGCUCGGGAUUGCGCAGGCAUCGCUGGAGUGUGCGGUCGAUUAUGCGAACAAGCGGAUAGCGUUCGGGAAGCCGAUCGCCAAGCUGCAAGCAAUACAGAGCAAGCUAGCCGAUAUGGCCACCCAGCUGGAGGCGGCCCGUUUGCUCACGUGGCGAGCGGCCUGGCUUAAGGACAACAAAAAACCAUUCACCAAGGAAGCCGCCCAGGCGAAGCUGGCAGCUUCCGAAGCGGCCACCUACUGUGCCCACCAGUGCAUUCAGGUGCUCGGUGGUAUGGGCUACGUUUCGGAUAUGCCCGCCGAACGGCAUUAUCGCGAUGCGCGGAUUACGGAAAUCUACGAGGGUACGUCCGAGAUUCAACGGCUCGUCAUCGCCGGUGCUGUACUGAAGGAGCUGACGAAAUAAGUGCUGGUGGGCGGAGAGCUGUGGUGCUCUAACUCUGAAAACAGGCUUUUAUUCGAACGUAUUUCGGAAUCGUUGUACAUUGUUAUGUGUGAAAUAGGGGAGGAUUUAGAUGUUCGUUUUUGUGAAAAUAAAAUAAUAAUACUCGGUGAGCCCGAUACAAAACCAUA